AUGGCGGAACUGGGGAAGAAGUACUGCGUGUACUGCCUGGCCGAGGUGAGCUCCCUGCGCUUCCGCUGCACCGAGUGCGCCGACAUCGAGCUCUGCCCCGACUGCUUCUCGGCGGGCGCCGAGAUCGGCCCGCACCGCCGAUGGCACGGCUACCAGCUCGUCGACGGCGGCCGCUUCACCCUCUGGGGCGCCGAGGCCGAGGGUGGCUGGAGCAGCCGGGAGGAGCAGCUGCUGCUGGACGCCAUCGAGCAGUUCGGCUUCGGCAACUGGGAGGACAUGGCUGCUCAUGUGGGGGCAUCCCGAACGCCUCAGGAGGUGAUGGAACACUAUGUGAGCAUGUAUAUCCAUGGCAACCUGGGAAAAGCCUGCAUCCCUGACACUAUUCCAAACAGAGUAACGGAUCACACGUGUCCCAGCGGCGGCCCGCUUUCUCCUAGCUUGACCACGCCGCUCCCACCGUUGGAUAUAUCUGUGGCUGAGCAGCAGCAGUUGGGAUACAUGCCGCUUCGGGAUGACUAUGAGAUUGAAUACGAUCAAGAUGCGGAGACUCUCAUCAGUGGCCUUUCGGUGAACUAUGACGACGAUGAUGUGGAAAUAGAGUUAAAAAGAGCUCACGUAGACAUGUACGUAAGGAAACUCAAGGAGAGGCAACGGCGGAAGAACAUUGCACGAGACUAUAACUUGGUGCCGGCCUUUCUGGGGAAGGAUAAAAAGGACAAGGAGAAAGCUCCCAAACGAAAGAUCACAAAAGAAGAGAAGGAGUUGAGGCUGAAACUGAGGCCUCUGUACCAGUUCAUGUCUUGUAAGGAGUUUGAAGACUUCUUUGAGAACAUGCACAAGGAGAGGAUACUUCGAGCAAAGAUUCGGGAGUUGCAGCGGUAUCGUCGAAAUGGAAUCACCAAAAUGGAAGAGUCUGCAGAAUAUGAGGCAGCCAGGCAUAAACGGGAAAAGAGGAAGGAGAACAAAAACAUAGCUAGUUCCAAGAGAGGGAAGGAAGAUGGUAAAGAGGGUGAAUUUGCUGCCAUUGAAAACCUGCCUGGCUUUGAACUCUUAUCGGACAGGGAAAAGGUGCUCUGCAGCUCUCUAAAUUUGAGUCCUGCACGUUACGUGACUGUGAAAACUAUAAUCAUUAAAGACCAUCUCCAAAAAAGACAAGGAAUUCCUUCAAAGAGUCGCCUUCCCAGUUACUUAGAUAAGGUACUGAAGAAAAGGAUUUUAAACUUUCUAACAGAAAGUGGCUGGAUAUCCAGGGAUGCUUCAUGAAACUCAGCUGAUCUGAAAAAAACACAGCAGAGGCCCAUUAUA